AUGAGCAACCAUCAUCUGGGAAAUAAGAAAACCUCAACAACCACGGCAGAGGCUGUUGUCGGGCAGCUGGUGGUGACGCUCGGCAGGGCGCUGGCGAAAGAGGCGGCGACCUACGGAGGGGCGCUGCUGUGCAAGGAAGCCACCGCCCUCAGGGGCCUCUUCGGCAAGAUUCGCCGGUCCAAGGAGGAGCUUGAGAGCAUUCAGGCCUACCUGCAGGAGGCGGAGCGGUUCAAGGACACCGACAAGACCACCGCCAUUUUUGUCGGCGAGGUCAGGGGCCUCGCCUACUGGAUCGAGGACGUCGUCGACGAGUUCACCUACAAGCUGGAGGACACCAAGCAUGGAGGGUUCGCUGGCAAGAUGAAGAAGCGGCUCAAGCAUAUCAAGACCUGGCGGCGCCUGGCAGCCAAGCUCCAACAAAUCGAAGCCCAGCUGCAGGAUGCCAACCAGAGGAAGAAGGAUUAUGCCAUCAGCGGCAGAUGUGCUUCUGCUGCAAGAUCGACAAAAGAAGGUCAAGCUUUGCACUUCACCAGGGAUGAGGAUCUUGUGGGGAUCGAAGAGAACAAGGAGAGGUUGAUACGGUGGCUGACCGGUGGUGGAGAUGGUCUUGAGCAGAGCGGCAACAAAGCCACGAUGGUGUGGGGGAUGCCUGGUGUAGGUAAUACAACUCUGGUUGCUCAUGUGUACAACACGGUGAAAUUGGAUUUUGACGCUGCAGCAUGGGUAACCGUGUCAGAAAGUUACCGUCUUGAAGAUCUGCUCAAGAAGAUCGCUGCUCAGUUCAGCAUCGCAGUCGACGUCGCCAACAUUGAGAUGAGAGGCCUAGCAGAGUUCACUCACAAUUACCUUCAAAGGAAAAAGUACAUCUUGAUCCUGGAUGAUGUUUGGGCAGCGCAUUUGUGGCCGGGGAUAAGAAAUAUCUUCCCAACGUCUAAUUGCACCGGCCGAUUUGUUAUCACAUCAAGAAAGCAUGAAGUGUCACUGUUGGCAACUAGGGAGUCUGCAAUUCACUUGGAACCGCUACAAGCACAUCACUCCUGGGUGUUGUUCUGCAAAGGGGCCUUUUGGAAUAAUGAUGACAAAGAGUGCCCAUUGGAGUUGCAGAAAUUGGCUUUAAAGUUCAUAGCAAAGUGUCAAGGCUUGCCUAUUGCAAUUGCUUGCAUUGGUUGCCUACUCUCCUGCAGAUCCCCAACUUCCGCUGAAUGGGAGAAUGUGUACAUGGGUUUAGAUUCGCAAUUGGUGCACGAUGUGAUCCCUGAUGCUCAUAUUAUCCUAAAGGUCAGCUUGGAGGAGGGGAGAGGGAUACAAUGAGCAAAGCUCUCUAGUGUUUAUCAAAAACUUUGCUGUCUUCACAAAAGAGCUAGGGAAAGAGUU